UAACAGAACGAAACAGAAAAAGGAAAAAGAGAAAACACAAACCAACCAUGAGAACUCAACGGCCUCACUGUCUCCUCUUCCUCUCCCUUCUCUGCUUGCUAGCCACAUUCUCGAACCUCCACCGGACAGUCACCGCCGUUUACGAUGCCGAAUCUCCCGCAGCUGACGACGGCGAUACAACCUUCAUCCGAACGAGCUGCAACAACACGCUUUACCCGGACGUCUGCUACUCCUCCCUCUCUCGCUACGCCAAUGCGGUCCAGCAGGAUCCCGGCCAGCUCGCUCGCGUCGCUAUCGCCGUCACACUCUCCAAGGUCCACCGCACUGCCUCCUACGUCUCCAACCUCACUCGCGACGCCGACUACACCGCCGAUUCGCGCGCAACCUCCGCGCUUCACGACUGUUUCACUAAUCUCGGUGACGCCGUCGACGAAAUUCGCGGUUCGCUGAAGCAAAUGCGGCAAAUUGGAGCCGCUGGAACCGGCGCCGGCUCGUUCCUGUUCCAGAUGAGCAACGUACAGACGUGGAUGAGCGCCGCACUCACCGACGAAGAGACUUGUACGGACGGAUUCCAGGAUGUGGCGGAGUGUCCGGUUAAGGCGGACGUGUGCGACCGCGUCACGAAGGUGAAGAAGUUCACGAGCAACGCUUUGGCUCUCGUCAAUACCUACGCAAACAAGGGAGGACCGUGAUUUCCGGACUACGAUUUCAACCGUUUUGAUUACUUUGAAAAAAAAGGAUAGGUUUUACUGUGUGAGUCAAAAUGUGUAGUGUGUGAAAAAAAAAAAAAAGCAAAAGGAAAAUAUGUGAAUCCUUCUCUAUGUAAAUUCCGGUCUUCCUGUAAUUUUGAUCUUUUAGUAUGGGUGGCUUUUACUUUUUAGUAUUUUGUGGUAACUAAAGGUUUAAGAGUAAUUAAAGUGACGUUUUUACUUUUUA